AGAUUUACACAUUUAGACAAUGAAAAGUAAAAUAUGACGUGAAUAUCGAAAGAUGAAUAUCUAACUGACAAGAUUUCCUCUGAUCUUUGUCUAACAUGGAGAUAUCUUCUACUACAGAAACCCUGGACCAGUUUACUGCUGGUUUGGAGGAGGGGUUCAUAAAUAUAACCCUAGCUACCUUGGGCUGUAAGGAGAUAUACAAACCACCCUGCUCGUGGGUGGAUAAUAUAACCUGCUCCCUAAAUCCCCCAACAGAGAACAGGACAGAGAACCCAGGUUUGAAUAUAAGUAACGAGGAUGGUUGCUUCCAUCAGAGUUUACUUGAGGAUACAACAGAGUUCAGGCAUUACAAGCAGUUCUCCAAAACAGUUGGUCUCAUAACCAUAGUUGUGAGCUCCUGUGGUAUCCUGGGAAACCUGCUGAGUAUCCUGGUUCUAGUUCUAAAAGAAACUAGAAACUGUUUCAACCAACUGCUCAUCGCGCUCAAUAUCUUUGACAGUUUGUUUCUUGUAUUCGCUAUCCUGGAAGGAUUGAGGACAGACUUCAACCAGAUAUAUCUUGCCAUUACUAGCCAAUACUUUCUCAACUUCGUGCACUAUCCCUUACUCAGGAUAUGUAUGUGUGCCAGUAUAUUUCUAAUUAUUGGAGUUGCUGUAGAAAGAUACCUGGCAGUCUGCAGACCCCAUCACUACCGCGAGCUCCAGGUUCAGAACUACAGAGCAUUUAUUUACAUCGUUCCAUCUGCCCUGGCAGCCAUUGGACUCAACUUUCCCAGGUUCCUUGAGAUAACCACAGCUGACUAUUGUAUAGUGAUGGAGGAGUGUGGGUGUGAAACUAUAGUGCAGACGCAUCAUGUACCCUCUGACAUGAGGAAUCAUCCUCUCUACGUUCUCUUCUACUCUAACCUGGCCUGGCUCUUCUUUACAGGAAUAAUACCGUUCAUUGUCCUGACGAUCCUAAACCUGAAGAUCUACCGAUCAAUGCAGAUCGUGAAGAGAAAUCUGCAAAAGAGUUCAACCGUGGGUGGAGCAGCUAUGAGGAUGACGGACUAA